AUGGAUCCGGCCGAAUAUGAAGACACCCCGUCGGUGUUCCUUGCGGAAAAUCGCUGUGGUCGAUUCGAGUCCGUCUUUGGUCCAGUAAGAAUAGAGCAGUCCAAGUCAGUGUGGCUACGUGGGAUGGAAGGAGCUGUCCUGGGUUUGUGGAGCUCACACGGUGAAGGUCGUUUCACCUACCGUAACCCCGCCGUGCUGGAAUCCUUGCGAAAUUCCGGGCAGAUUGCGGUUCGUUACGUGGACGGAGAUGGCCAGCCAAGUAUGCUCUAUCCAUGGAAUCCAAACGGGUCCGAAGAUUCGGUAGCGGCUAUUUGUAGCCCGGACGGGCGUCAUUUGGCUAUGAUGCCUCACUCAGACAGGUCAUUCCUCUCGUGGCAAUGGGCCGACUAUCCGUCUGACUGGAAAACCUCCGAGAACUGUGCUGCGCCAUGGAUCAAAAUGUUCCAAAACGCCUAUUCUUGGGUAAUGGGUGAAGAGCGCAGAUGCUCUAUUAGUUGA